AUGGAGCCUUUCCCGACAAGUUCAGCGGCGACCCCAGAAAUGCGUGGCGCCGAGCGGAGUCUGGAGAGGCAUCGCCUUCACGGCAGCUGUCGGACACAACUUCGACAGCCUCCACAUCUUCCCGUACUUCUGCUGGGUCGGCGGAGAGCCUCUCACGGCCCACCAAGAAGAAAAACGAUAGGAUUGUCUACUACCUGGGACUCACGAAGUACAGCAUCGUUGCCAAAGUGUGUGCAAGCUUUCCUCACUGGACAGAAACUACAGACGAAGACGGCGACUGGGUACGUUGUCCACACACCUGCAAGGAAAACUGUGCCUGCGCGAACCUGCGUUGUUUGCAACAUUGCCAUGAUUACAUUCAUCGACGUCACUUUCCCGUAA